AAGGCUGCAGGCUCCCUUGAUUCGAAGCCAUGAAUGAAUCCAGGUGGCCUGAAUGGAGGAUCCUGAACCUGAGCAGUGGCCUCGUGAAUGUGUCCGAGCGUCCCUCCUGCCCACUGGGAUUUGGCCACUACAGUGCGGUGGACGUCUGCAUCUUCGAGACGGUGGUGAUCGUCCUGCUGACGUUUCUGAUCAUCGCUGGCAACCUGACGGUCAUCUUCGUCUUUCACUGUGCUCCGCUCUUACACUACUGCACCACCAGCUGCUUCAUCCAGACCAUGGCGUACGCUGACCUCUUCGUCGGAGUGAGCUGCUUGGUCCCCACCCUGUCCCUCCUCCACUACUCCACGGGGAUCCACGAGUCACUGACCUGCCAGGUUUUUGGAUAUAUCAUCUCGGUUCUAAAAAGUGUUUCCAUGGCGUGUCUCGCUUGCAUCAGUGUGGAUCGCUACCUGGCAAUAACCAAGCCCCUUUCCUACAACCAACUGGUCACCCCUUGUCGCCUGAGAAUUUGCAUUAUUUUAAUCUGGAUCUACUCCUGCCUGAUUUUCUUGCCUUCUUUUUUUGGCUGGGGGAAACCUGGUUACCACGGUGACAUUUUCGAGUGGUGUGCCACCUCUUGGCUCACCAGUGCCUAUUUUACUGGCUUUAUUGUUUGUUUACUUUAUGCCCCUGCUGCCUUCGUUGUCUGCUUCACUUACUUCCACAUUUUCAAAAUUUGCCGGCAGCACACCAAAGAGAUCCACGACCGGAGGGCCCGCUUCCCCAGCCACGAGGUGGAUGCCUCGGGAGAGACCGGGCACAGCCCUGACCGGCGCUACGCCAUGGUUUUGUUUCGGAUAACCAGCGUGUUCUACGUGCUGUGGCUCCCCUAUAUCAUUUACUUUCUUCUGGAAAGCUCCCGGGUCUUGGACAAUCCCACACUGUCCUUCCUAACAACCUGGCUGGCUAUAAGUAACAGCUUCUGUAACUGUGUAAUAUACAGCCUCUCCAACAGUGUUUUCCGGCUGGGCCUCCGAAGGCUGUCCCAGACCAUGUGCACGUCUUGUGUGCGUGCGAAGGGUCAGGAAACACGAGCCCCCAAACCCAGGAAGCGGGCUAAUUCCUGCUCCAUUUGAAGAGAACUGCACAGUAAAUCAAACGCAAUCUGACAGUGGUUUUGGAUCGUAUUCUUGAUUCACCUGGAAAUUUGCCACUAGAGAAAUAUUUACUUGAAUAGUUGACUAGGAGAUGAAGGGACCAGAGGUUUCUUUUUUAUUUUCUUUUGUCACGGAGGAAAAAAACUAAAGAAAACGAUGUAUAGAGGGUAAUCUCAUGAGAUAAUUAUAGCGUGUGCGUGUAAAUGUGCAGAAAUAGGAAAAACGAAGCGCUGAGGAUGAAAAAGUAUCUCAGAUCUUCCACAGGACAUGAGCCAAGUCCCUCGGUGACGGUGUCUCUGUCUCUCUGACUGAGCUCUCUCUCCUGUCUGUGUCUCUCCUUCUGUCUCUGUCUGUCUCACUCUCUUUGUGUUUGUGGAAGUUACUUACAUAAAUUGCUCUUUAUAGAACGAUGUCACAUAUUAUAUAUGUGGCAAAGUGUAGUCUUGCGUCAAAGUGUACUUUUAAACACACUGAUUUGAAAUCCAUGAGUGGUCUCUCCAUGGAGGAUGCAUAGUAAGCGUUGUAUUUCAGUACCUGCCACACAGUCUCUUUGCUUGUAUUUUUAUAAUAAUCCCUGCAGCACAAAUUUUCUGCUACGAGCAAAAAGAAAGUGUUUUUAUUUCAUCAGGGUGAAA